AUGGCUGGCUUUGCUUAUAAAAAGCAGCUAGUCGAACUCGCUUGUUCACAACCAAAUCCCCUUGUACUUCCACCAAAAGGAAGUAAGGGUGCUACUUUGAUCCUAUCUACUAUUUUCCCCUGGUUGCCCCGAGCUGCGACACGAGGUGCGCAGCUCAUCGCCACGACGUCUUCCCCAAAGAGAAGAAAGGUUUCCCCAGAGCCUCGCACCAGUCCAGGCCUUCGGGCUCAACGUCACGGCCGCUCCGUACCUCCACACUCUCGCCACACGUCUUCUUCUUCCUCCUCCCGCGGCCAGAGUUCGUCGUUGUCCCCGCCUCGCUACGUGCCUGCGCACCUGCAGUUUCAGUCUGGAAGUCCGCCUGGCCGCUCGCUCACUCCCGCGACCGCGACCGCCGGACUCACCCUCUCCAGCGACCAUUCCGACAUGCCCUCCGAUACUCGAGAGGGUACACCUCUAACUCAUGGACGAUCCCCUUCUCCCGGCGAAAAGCGCCCGGCAUCCGAAAUCACCGACUCUGACCCUGAAGGAGGCGUGAGCACUGGCCUCAAUAACACCCGCACAUACAUUAUUCCCCGCACAUGCGACGGCACAAACGAUGAACCCCCCUAUCCUACCACUUCAAGCAAUGAGAAGACCGGGCCGGCAUCCUCGGCCGGCGAGCGGUCCAGGCCGGUAUCGCCCAAAUCAGACGAUAUCCCUACGAUCGACGACCAGGUGGCUGAGGUGAAUGCGUUGAUGACAGCGCCGCUGAAGGAUGGACAAAAGGGCUUUGUUGUGUCAAUGGCAUGGCUAAAGAAGGUGCUUGCACGUACUACGGCUCAUGCUGAUCACACGGACAAAGGACCAUUGGAGGAUGUCGGUCCCGUCGACAAUUUGAAUAUAAUGCUCGACACCGACCCGGCCACUCCCACCUUCAAAGACGAAACUGGUGAAGUUUUCGUACCCAUGCGCCCCGGUUUGCACGACGCUCUGGAUUUCGCAAUCAUUCCGCAACAUGGCUGGGACUUGAUCCAGAAAUGGUACGGGCUCGCCGACCAGUCACCCAUCAUAAUUCGCUAUGCUCACAACACCAACCAACCCGGUGAUACUGAAAAUAUCGAAUAUGAGACUUAUCCUCCAAUUUUCACCAUUUUCAAACUGUCCAACCCAGCUGUGGGUACCACACCGACCAUCUUGAGACAAACCGUCAAGCCAUCUGUGAAGAUCCUGGCAAGUCGCCAGACGAAUUACCAAAAAUGGUUGAGGGAUGCCAAAGAACAGACUGGUAUCGAUAUGUCCACCAAGGUUCGGGUUUGGAAAAUCCUCCAGCUCCCCCAAAGCACCACUUCCUCAGCGUUGGCAACCCCAGCUGUCUCCCGCAGCCAAUCGCCAGCUCCUCCAUUGGCUCUGAUCUCUGACCCCAAUGACAAGGUUCUUUUCGAUUUGAACGCUUUUCUCGAUCUUCCAGAGGGAGGCCACCGAGUGUUGCUUGAUGGUGUCAAGGAUCAAACCCACAAUGCCAACUACAACGGUCGCAUGACCUUGGACAUGGCUGGUCUCGCCGCGGCGAAUUGUGUUGUUCUUGAGGAACAGGUCGGCGGUUCCAAAGGUGGAGAAUGGGUGUCUGAAGCCUCUGCCAAAACUCUCAAGAGUCUAGGUAUCCCUGUAGAUCAGCCGAAGAACGAUGCUGCUAGCAAAGCAGCUGUUGCAAAAGCCACACCGAAGAGCACACAAGCCAGUGGCAGAUCUACCCCUACACUGGCUCCCGAUCCAAUCAGGGGGCUCAUCUCUCGAGGUCGGAAGGGUCGACAGCUCAUCGUGGGAUUGCAAAACCUUGGCAAUACUUGUUACAUGAACUCUGCGUUGCAAUGCGUGCGAAGCAUUGAGGAGUUGUCUUAUUACUUCCUUAGUGGAUUGUACAAACCAGAGCUGAAUCCCAACAACGUCCUUGGAUGCGGCGGCGCCAUUGCCAAGCAAUGGGCCAACCUGCUUCAGGAGCUCUACAAAUCGGACCCUCAGCCGAGAUGUGUCAACCCCUCUAGGUUCCGGGCUGCCGCUGGUCGGCAACGUGAAGAAUUUGCUGGCUAUGAUCAACAUGAUAGUCAGGAAUUUGUGAUGUUUCUCCUUGAUGCACUGUCGGAAGAUCUAAGCCGGAUCAUUGGCAGCAAGCCAUCCACUGUCAUUCCUGAUUCCACUGAUGAGAUGAUUCAUGAUCGCAAGGCUCUUGAGGAUUUCGGAAGGAAGUGUUGGGAGCUCUACGAGGCCCGUAACGCCUCCGUUAUCACCGAUCUGUUCGCUGGAAUGUACAAGUCAACAUUGAUCUGCCACAGUUGUGAAAAGACCAGCAUCAUCAUGGAUCCUUUCACAAUGGUCACUGUGCCCAUCCCAACGGGUCCAACACUGAUCAAUCGAACAAUCAUCUUUUACCCUCUUGAUGGCCCACCGGUGUCUCUGAAAGUCCGCCUGGAUGAAAAUGAUACUUUGAAGGACUGGAAGAACUUUGUCGGUCAAAAGGUGGGAGUUGAUGCAGAACAAAUCUUUGCAGCAGAAACAUUGCACAAUUCCUUCUGGCAAAUUCUUUGCGACGAUGACUAUACUUUCGGCAGUCUACGCAUUUCCCAAGAAGACACCGUUGUGUUCUUUGAUCUUGGUCCUCUUCCAGCAUCUACCAACUCUUCUGACACUACCUCCGAUGGUGAUGCAAUCCUUGUACCCGUCUUCCACCGCAAACUUGUUCCGCGCAAGGACAGAGAGCCCACUCGUGAACUUUUCGGAAUCCCAUCCUUCAUACGUCUUUCUAGUGACGAAACUCAGAACCUCGAGGCAAUCUACCGCAAGCUCUUGACCCAGGCCAAUAAUCUGACUACACACGACAUUCUGGCUGUCGAAGAAAAAAGUCCCGAUGACAAUGCAGCUGAUGACUCUGACACCGUGGUCACAAACGAGGAUGAUGCACGAUCAGCAGAUUCCCGAAUCAAAACUUCUUCUGUUGACGGCGAAGACAGCAUCGUCGACAUUUCUAUGCAAGCUAAGCAAGCGCCUAAGCCUGCAGAGGGCUCCGAUGAGUCGGAUUCUGACUCUGAACCUGUCGAAUCCCCUCGGCAUCCUCUUGCUGGCAAGAUUCCUGCCAGUUUGUUGUCACUUUUCGAUGCGACAGUCAUGAGCACAAAUGCCACUUUGCCUGAUGGACGCAACAUUUCUACCCUGAAAAAAUACCCUUCUAUUUCCUCUCGCAUCCCAUCUCCUCCCACUUCUACUAAGGGAUCCGAUGCUUCAUCCAAAAGCUCCGCAGAUGACAAUGCCGAAGAUGACGUUGAUACAGAUGAAUCAGAUGUCACACCAAAUUCAGCACUACCACUCCUUCACCAAGGUGAUGCCAUCCUCCUUGACUGGACUCCUGAUGCAUUUGAUGCCCUUUUCGGCGGCAAGCUACGUGAUCCCGAGGAGCUCCGUGGCUGCCCUACCUACAUGAGCAUCAAGAAUGUCUAUGAUCAUACCAUGGCGGUAAGCCAGAAGAAGCCGAAGCAAACAAAUGUCUCUCUCGACCAAUGCCUGGACGAGUUCAGCAAGGAGGAAAUUCUUUCUCGCGCAGAUAGCUGGUUUUGUCCUCAGUGCAAAACUCACGUUUCGGCCACCAAGAAGUUUGAGCUGUGGAGAACCCCGGAUAUUAUGGUCAUCCAGCUCAAGCGAUUUAGCCAAUUCCGUGGCAGGCACGGACACAAGAUCAGCACUCUCAUCGACUUCCCCUUCGAGGGACUAGACUUGAGCAGCCGCGUGGAAGGCCCCGCGAAUGGAAAAAGUGCGGUGUACGAUUUGAUUGCUGUCGACAACCACAUGGGUGGAAUGGGUAGUGGCCACUACACUGCCUACAUCAAGGACUUUGUUUCCGGUGCCUGGGUCUAUUGCAACGAUACCUCUGCGACUACUGUCACCAACAUGCAGUCGAUCAUCACAUCGGGUGCCUACCUCCUGUUCUACCGCCGUCGCUCCGACCGUGCAUUUGGUAACCAGGAGCUGCGGGACCUAGUUGAAGGCUACCGGAACCGCGCGGGGAGCGUGUCUGGCAGUUCCUCCGGUUCCCGCAGCCCUGGUGGGUCCCAAUCACCCUCGGAGGACGGCGGUCGUGCCAUUGGCAGCGCACCCCGCAAGGUGUCGUCUGCCUUGGCCAGGGCAGGAGUGGCACCCCGUGUGAGCCGGGGGCAGGAUUCCCUCGGCAAUGAUCUGUACUCUUCUGUCGAGGAGAGUACUUCGGGCUCGGAGGACGGGGGUAGCGAAGGUAAGAAAAACGGCUUUGAGCACGAGAACGGAGGAUCGCAGGUCGACUCCCUCAGCAAGCUCACGGAACCCUCUUGGUCGUUCGACGCCGCUCACGACAUCUCACAGAUUGCCGGUGGUAAUUCUGCCACCGAGGAUGGCGUCUUUGAGGGUCGAUGCCCAUGGGGUGAUGGCAUGGGCAUCGACCCUCAGUUUCAGUUUGGUCUCACUUCUGGGGGUGAGGGGGAGGAUUCCUCCGAUGAUCUCCCAGUCGUGGAGCUGCGUGUGGGGUCCGAGGACAUCAUGUCCUUGGACCCAUGA